ACUGAUAUUCUUUUGCCCGAACGACACUUAUUUUGGUAUCAUUUAGAGGUUUUAGCAUCUAUAACUGUGCAUGCCAAAUAUAAAAGAUUUAGCAGAUGACGGUGGAUCUAUACUGGACGAAAGGCAGUUAUGAAUUAUGGAUUAGUUCACUGCCUGCCAGUCUUGAAAAGAUGUAUUUUCUUUGAGAAUUGAUGAGCAUUGUCACUUGCAACUACUGGCUGACAAUGAUUCAUCAAUGAGCUUCCACUCAGGUAGAGGAUUGCAAAUUCCUGAUCCCUGGGAUUGGAUGUAGUUUUAAGCCUCAUUUCUGUUUAUCUACCAUCAAAUAUUUUGUUAUCUUGUUUCUACCCCUUUCCUAAGGGUAAUGAAAGAGACCUGCCUUUUGUUGGCCAUGAAAGAUUGCAUUUUCUUCUACUUGUACGUUUCUGUGUUGAAAGCAUGCAUCUCAAUGGGAAAAUUACUGUCACAUAUUCUGGUAGUGCUAGACUAAUAGGCCUUCUAUAACAUCUUACCGGGCUUGAGAGCAACACUUUAAUGGCCCAUUUCUUGAUACUUCAUACUUAGCAUUUGUUAAGACUUGCUGAGGCUUCAAGUUCAACAACCUUCAAUUCAUGCAUUUGUUGUGCACCCAUAUACAUGCUAUUUAUCUUGCGAUGGAUAAUGAAGAGCCAUGAAAACUUUUAAAGGGGGCAGAAUUGUGACUAGAGAUAAAUCUUAGCACGAUUGAUCCAAGUAAAUUCUAGUUGUGCGGAGCAUGAAUAAUUUCGCUGUCAACUGUUCCAGACCAAUAAAACUUGGAAAAGCCUUCCGUUGGUAUAGCUCUGGUGUCUUUGCAUUUCCCAGAAAAUUCUCUCUUCUACAAAUUGCAGUUGCCUGGUAUGAUCUCUCUCAACCCAAUCAUGGCUUCUUAUGUGCAAGAGCUGCAUUUUUCUCACCUAAACAUCCCCAUAACUAUUAGCAAUAUAGUUCCGAUCGUGCCUGCGGGUCCCAUACCAGCUGUCUCAGGUGAUAGCCUUUACCUUUCAAAUCUUGAUGAUAUGAUUGGAGCUCGUGUAUUCACCCCAACAGUAUAUUUCUACAGAGCAGAUUACUUAGAUUCUGAUAGAAAAUCUGUCGUGAAAGCAUUAAGUGAUGCUUUAGCCUGUGUUUUAGUUCCUUACUACCCUUUAUCUGGUAGGCUGAGAGAAACCAAGAAUGGAAAGUUGGAGGUCUUUUUUGGACCAGAGCAGGGUGCACUUCUUAUUGAGGCAUACUCAGAGAUGGCCUUAGCUGAACUAGGAGAUCUCACGGUGCCAAACCCAGCAUGGGCACCAUUGAUUUACAGGUUCCCAGAUGAAGAACCUUACAAAUUACUUGACAUGCCUUUGCUUAUUGCUCAGGUGACUCUGUUCAGCUGCGGUGGCUUUAGCCUAGGCUUGAGACUCUGCCAUUGCAUGUGUGAUGGCAUUGGCGCUAUGCAGUUUCUUGGAGCAUGGGCAGCCACAGCCAGGUCUGGCACCUUGGUGACAAAUCCUGAACCCUCUUGGGACAGGGAAGUUCUUCAGCCUCGCAACCCGCCAAUGGUAAAAUAUCCUCAUAUCGAGUUUAUGAGAAUAGACGAUGGCUCAAGCCUAACAAUGUCUUUAUGGCAAGGAAAGCUUGUACAGAAGUGCUACCGAAUCAGCCGAGAGUUUCAAACUCAACUGAAAUCUCUAGCUCAAACAAAUGAGAUGUUUGCCUGCACUACUUUUGAUGCCAUGGCAGCUCAUAUUUGGAGGUCAUGGGUGAAAGCUAUAGAUGUAAAACCACAAGAAUAUAAGCUUAGGUUAACAUUCUCUGUCAAUGCUCGUCAUAAGCUUAAAAACCCGCCAUUAAAAGAUGGAUUCUAUGGCAAUGUGGUAUGUGUAGCAUGUGCAGUCAGCUCUGUGUACGAGCUUGUCAACGGAAGGCUUGCCGAUACUACCCGUUUAGUACGUGAAGCGCGGAUUAGUGUCUCAGAGGAAUACCUGAAAUCAACAAUAGAUUAUGUGGAGGUGGAUAGGCCACAAAGGCUUGAAUUUGGAGGGAAAUUGUCAAUAACACAAUGGACAAGAUUUUCCAUGUACGAGUCUGCAGAUUUUGGGUGGGGAAGACCAGUUUAUGCAGGUCCAAUAGACCUGACCCCAACGCCACAAGUCUCAGUAUUCCUGCCAGAAGGAGAGGCUGACCCCAGUGGAAGAAUGGUGGUCUGCAUUUGCUUGCCUGAAUCUGCAACCAGUAGAUUUACAGAGUAUUUGUGUUGUCUUGAUUAUUCAACUGAUGAAUAUGUUAAUAUGAAAAAGCUGCUAUAGUAAAGGUUCUAAAUAGGUAGCACAGCAACAAGAGUGCUACCUAGUUUUAUUAGUUACAAAACUAUAAAAACCUUUUAAAACUUCAGUGACUGUUGAUAAUAUCAUUAGAAGCCAGUGUGAUCGUCA